AUGGGGAUCACUAGAAAGGAUGUUCAGAAGUAUUUAUGGGUUUUCCUUGGAUUCUGGAUGAGAUUAUGCUGCACUUUCGCAAGGGAACAUCCUUUGGCCUCGCUAGUUUUCGUAAUCAUCCUCAUAUUGUAUGUGUUCUUGUCGACAAUCUUCUGGUUCUUGAUUUAUUCCUUUCCUGUUGCCCUGAUCGCCGCCGUUACCAUCAAAAUAAAAUACUUCCCGGAGCGUCCCAAAGACGCCGGCGGAGCUGAGAACAGAAAAAAUGCGGAUCUCAAAUCAUCACCCUCUGGAAAAAUCAAGUUGGCCGGAGAUGAUGAGAAGAAAAAGAAAGCGAUCGGGCGCGCUCAAUCUGUGCGGCGGAGGAAAUCGAAGAAGGAUUUCCCGCCGUAUGUUGAGGAAGAGGGCGGCUCAAUCUUGGCGGGUUUUAAUGAGCACGAGAUGGUUGAUAAAAGUCCUGUGACAGAAGAGAACAUGAAGGAUAUUAGGGAAGUGGUGGAGGUGGAGGUGGAGGUUCGUUCUGUGAGCGACCGGGCGGCGGCGGAAUGUUCUUCUUCGUCUGAUGCGUCUCAGAGCUUAUGCGUGGAAGGGGUUUCCAAGGCAUGGCGGAAAUCAUUUAGGGUUAUGGAUGAGAGUGAGAAUGAAAUGACAGAUAGUAACUCUGAGAAUGAAGAGGGUAUGAGGAGGGAGAGGAAGAAGAAGGGUGUGCAGUGGAACCAGGAGGAUCUUUCGGAGAUGGAGAGGAACAAGAGGCUGGAGAGUUUGAUGGCGAGGCGAAGGGCGAGAAGGCUGGUGAGCCUCCAUGUGAGGAGGACAUUGAUGAAUAUUGGCAGUGAUGAUCCUCCAAUGGCCAUUGUGAUUCCCAAAACCACCAAUGCUGGUUCGAGCAAUCCAUUUUCGCCUACCCCGGGCUCUGCUCCUUCGGUUCUGUUGCCAGCCCACAACCCCUUCGAUCUUCCCUAUGAUCAGCACGAAGAGAAGCCGAAUCUCAGAGGAGGAAGCUUCCACCAGGACUUCAUGGUUCCUAAUCAGGAUUUUAUGUUCUGCAGGCAUGAGAGCUUCACUUUAGGUCCUUCAUUCAAUGAGGAUUUCAACUCUCGUUUCCCACACAGGUUUAAGCUUUUUGAGAGGCCUGAAGGUUACAGAAAAAGAACUCCAUUGGUUAACAAGGAAGAUGCUACAGAUAGGGUAAUCGAGCAGGUUUUAGUUGAAGAACCCGAGGAGCUGAACCAAGAAAGCACCAGUGAUGUCAAAGAACAGGCCUCUGCCCAUCCCCAAGAAGAUGGGAGCGAAGUGCAAAUAAAAUCAGUACUAAUUGAAGAUAUUGAUGACAGGACAAGCUCGUCUUCUUCAGAAGAAGACGAUGAGCCAUUCUACAGGAUCGAUAAAGAUGCAAUCUUGAAGUCACUUACCACCACGCCUUCAUCUUCGAGGAACAUAGUUGUGGACAACCAGGAAAGUUUGAAUCCUGGACCGUCUAUGUCCCAGAAAGCGAGAAUGGAGGAGCAUUACUACUAUGCCAAUGGUGCCAUGCUUCCUACUCCUAGCCAUUCGGUUGCUUCUGACCUGCAAGUAGAGGUUUCUGAAAUCGGUUCUCCUCCAAGGUCUGUUGAUGGAGCCUCUUCUCUAGAGGAAGAGAUUUCGGUGUAUAAUAGGGAGCUGGAAAAAGACACUGCCUCUGGCAACGAAUGUACAUUGCUUGCCUCAUCUCGCCCAUCUAGGCUGGAAGUACGCGAUGUCACUGAACAAGAUUUAGUCAAGUCUGGAUUUUCAAACAUCAAUCCCACGCUGCACACCCCACCAGAGAGAGUAAUCCAACAAGAUCCUGUUGAUUCAACUUCAUUUGCAGAUUCACAUGCUUAUAAAAGUGGAGAAAGGUCAGCCUCUAUUGCGAAAAAUGACAUUAUAGAGCUGGUUAAACGCAACAGCCAUGCAAAGAUUGAUGGAGAAUUGGCGAUUUCUGAAGCUAGUGAAAGCCCUGCUGAUCUUGAAGCAUCAGUCCCACCCGAACCUGUCUUUGAACAAGCUCAUGUUGCCUCUGCUCCAUCGCUAAUAGGCGAAGUAGAGAAUGAUACUUCAAAUUUGGAUCAAGAAGCGCGUGUGGAGGUUCAGGAUGCUAAUGUGCACAAAGUAGAGAAUGAAACCUCAAAUCUUUUGUUGAAUGAUCAUAUGGCUCAGGAUUCCUUUUCACCUGCCGAGGCAGAUAAGAAUGGAGAAAAUUCAAUACGUGCCUAG